AUGAGAAAAUACCUUGCUUUUAUCUGUUUAUUCCUGCUAUUUGUAUUGCAAACUGAUGGACAAAAGCCGAGAAAGAACUGGGCACAGAAGUCCUUGGAAUUUGAAGGGGAUGGAACGUUUGGCCUUUGUGAAAACGAAUUUGGUCAAUCGUACUAUUACAAAGAAUAUGAUGGACAAGAGAAUUUAUGUCUGAAGCAUGUGGCAAAGGUGAAGUACAGCAAUCUAAUCAAUGAAACAGGAUGGGCAUAUAUUGAAGUUGAAGUUUCACCACGAGUUACUCCAGCAUAUAAGCAAGGAUAUGCAGCAGGAUUUGUAGAAGGUAAAAGACUCUUUUUCAAGAAAAAAAUUUUCUCAGUAGCCUUAGAAGUUUUUUAA